AUGGCAACGGCUGGACUUAAAACCAUCAUUGCGCUCUCGUUUGUGCUCGCCGUCGGCUUCCUCCUGGUCAUCCUCUCGUGCGCACUCUGGAGGGUGUACUACCCCCUGCUCGUGGUGGCCACGUAUGUGCUCGCGCCGCUGCCCAACUGGAUAGCUGGCCGGUGUGCAAAUCCCGACGACUUUGUCGAGAGCCCGGGAGCAGCCAUUCUCGACGUCGGCCGCUUCUUCACUGGCUUCCUUGUCGUCAUGGGCAUUGCCCUCCCGGUCGUGCUUGCUCACUCGAAUCUCAUUGCGACUGGCGCCAUGGUCAUGUCUGUGAUCGGUGGCCUGCUGAUCUACGGCACCAUCAUCAGCUUCGGCAUGUUCUUCCAGGAGGACCAGGACUUUUAA